GAGACAUGUCAAAAGCGGCAUUUAUGCGCGUUGAAGGUGUAUAAAGACGCAGUGCGAACCUGGGGUACCGUUUCUUUGUCUUUAAUUCCAAUCCGCCAAUCCGCCAUUAGACAUGACCGGAAUCGACUUCACCGUCUUCAAAGGCUCCAGCAGCGGCAAGAUCGUCAGGGCCACCACCCACAAGGAGAUUGGGCCCGACGAUGUUCUGGUGAAGGUGACGCACGCUGGCCUUUGCGGUACGGAUGCCCACUACAGGACGAUGGACAUGGCCCUCGGUCAUGAAGGCGUCGGUGUCGUUGAGCAGAUCGGUUCCAACGUCACUACCUUCAAGGUCGGUGAGCGCGCAGGCUGGGGCUACCAGCACGACGCAUGCUUGCAUUGCGACCUCUGCUACUCUGGCAACGAGAUCCACUGCCCAGAUCGUGAACUGUACGCCUCGCACAACCUCGACCAGGGUGCGUUCGCCACGCACGGUGUAUGGAAGGCCAACUUCCUCUUCCACAUCCCCGAUUCCCUCGAUUCCGCUGCCGCCGCUCCCCUCAUGUGCGCCGGCGGCACAGUCUUUAACGCGCUCCUUAACCGUGUCAAAUGUACUGACCGCGUCGGUGUUGUUGGCAUCGGAGGUCUAGGCCAUCUCGCUAUCCAGUACGCCGCGAAGAUGGGCUGCGAAGUCAUCGUCUUUUCCGGGUCGGAAAACAAGAGGGAAGAGGCGAAGAAGCUGGGUGCCACCGAGUUCUACUCCACGAAGGGCGCUCAGUCUCUCAGCAUCGGGCUUCCCCUGCAGCACCUGAUCGUGACAACGAGCGCGCAGCCUGACUGGAACCUCUUCCUCCCCUUGAUCGAGCCCCUGGGUACCAUUUACCCCAUGUCUGUCUCGUUCGAGGACCUUAAGGUGCCGUACAUGCCCUUCCUCGCCAACAGCAUCAAGUUCCAGGCUGUGGUGUGCCCUUCCCGCGGAAUCCAGAACAAGACGUUGCGCUUCGCCGCUGUCCACAACAUCAAGCCUGUGAUGCAGGAGUUCCCUCUCAAUGAGGCUGGCAUUGAGGAGGCUCUGGACAGACUGGAUAAGGGUGAGGUGCGGUACCGUGCUGUGUUGAUUGCGCAAUGAAGGAGUGGACUUGAUGUCGAUGUAUUCAUAAACAUGUACAUAUGUAUCAAUGACGGAAAAUCUGCAUUGAUUCACUGAUUCCUGUGUUCCU